AUUCAUCCAUAAAUACAGCCAACACACAUAAAUACAUAACAUACACGUGCUAAUACUAAUGUAUAAUGCCAGACCAAGCAAUUCAAUUCAAACUCGCGCCAUAUCAAUUCUGCGAAACCCAGAUUGAGAUAGAGAGAGAGAAGCAGACCUCGAGAUUUUGAUUGGUUCCAUGACGAAGAAGAAACUCACCAAGGAAAUCGUCGUUAUCGACCUCGACGACCUCGACUCUUCCGUUCCAGAGGGUAAACAUCAGCUUUCAAGACAUCGUACGUGCUGGCAGCACGUUUUAGCAACUUUGCAUGGUCGGAAGAAAAGGUUAACAAAGAAAGACCAUGAAACCAUUGAUGGAUUUAAACUUACUGCCCAAUGUUUUUUGGAUUUCCCUUGCCGUGAGCGAUCAACAAGGAAAAUUUCCCAGAAGAAUGUUGGCCAUGGAGUUCCAAAACUGAAUAAAAAGCUUGGUUCUGGAACCUUUGGAAAUUACUUUGAGUUAUUGUGGAGAGGUUUUUGUGAGGAGAAAAAAAGUUUCUUUGGUUACCUUGACUGUUUAUGGUUCUCACUGUAUACAAAGCCAUCAUUCCAAUCGAAGGUCAUGACAUGGAUUCAAAACAAGCAAAUUUUCACAAAGAAAUAUGUUAUUGUUCCUAUUGUUAUCUGGAGCCACUGGAGCCUUCUUAUCUUCUGCAACUUUGAUGAGAGUUUGGAAUCAGAAACCAGGAAACCUUGCAUGCUACUGCUGGAUUCUCUCGAAAGCACUGAUCCAAAGCGGCUUGAGCGGGAUAUAAGGAAAUUUGUAUCAGCCAUUUUUAAAGCAGAAGGCAGACCCGAAACCCAACAGUCUCUUCGCAAGAUUCCUCUCUUGGUACCAAAGGUACCCCAACAAAGGAAUGAUUGGGAAUGUGGUAACUUUGUUCUCUACUUUAUUAAAUUGUUCAUGGAUGGGGCUCCAGAAGAUUUUAGCAUGGAGGGUUACCCAUAUUUUAUGGAAAGCAACUGGUUUACCCCCGAGGACUUGGACUGUUUUUGUGAGGGACUGCAUUCUGAUUUAGUUGCAACGUGAUAUUGACUUGUUUAGAAUGACCCAUCUUUUAUGUUACGAAAUUGACCCAACUCAUCCCAAAGAUUGACUACAUUGUUAAUAGAAAUUAGGAUGAAAACAUAGCUAGUCAAAGAUUAUAGUAUGUUUUGUAAUCAGUCUUAAUUUAUCUGGUAUAUGUAAAGGAAGCUUAUUAAUUCAAAUGAAUCUUAAAGUAUUGUUCAUGCUA